AUGACGAUGCCAAACAAUCGCAACUAUGACUUCCUUAUCAAGCUCCUGCUGAUAGGCGACUCGGGCGUCGGCAAGUCCUGCUGCUUGCUGCGCUUUAGCGAAGACUCCUUCACACCCUCCUUCAUCACCACGAUCGGCAUCGACUUCAAGAUCAGAACAAUCGAGCUCGAUGGCAAGCGCGUCAAGCUACAGAUUUGGGACACGGCCGGCCAAGAACGCUUCCGCACCAUCACCACUGCCUACUACCGCGGUGCUAUGGGCAUCUUGCUCGUCUACGACGUCACCGAUGAGCGCUCCUUUAACAACAUCCGCACCUGGUUCCAAAACGUAGAGCAACACGCCACCGAGGGUGUCAACAAGAUUCUCAUUGGCAACAAGUGCGAUUGGGAGGACAAGCGUGUCAUUUCCCAGGAGCAAGGCCAGGCCCUCGCCGACGAGCUCGGCAUCCCCUUCCUCGAGGUCUCGGCAAAGAGCAACAUCAACAUUGACAAGGCCUUUUACAGCCUGGCCGCCGACAUCAAGAAGCGACUCAUUGACAACUCAAAGAACGAUACUGGCUCUUCUGGAGGCGUCAAUGUCGGCGACAAGACGGAGGGCGGCAUGGGUAGCAAGUGCUGCUGA